UAGUAAAGGUUUAGUUUUUUCUUCACCAUACAGUUGUUUAUAUUCAAGACAUCAAUGUGCUAAAAUGGGAAACUACCAAUCUCAAAGAACUGCUGUAGGACAUAGUAUGUACGAAGUUCCAUUGGAUUCUUUACUUACUUACAUUGACCAUGAACUAAAUCUUUGGCGCGACCUAGUUGAUAAUGUGAAAAGGGAGAAGAAAUACGACCACGAAGGCAGAACGUGUAUUGAUGAUAUGAUACGGGAAACAUGCAGGAAAAUGAUCGACUAUGAGAAUGCUGUGUCUAAUAGAAAACGCCUAUAUCCAUUAUUACAACCACGAGACAGUGAGUAUUCGACUGAUAAGCUGAAAAAAGAAGGCUUUUAUAAAACACUGUCGCCGGAAAAAGUAAAAGACAUUGUGAUACAGAAAUCAGAUGAGAUCGAUGAACUUCGCAAUGAAGCAAAGAAAAUGAGUGAUUCGAUACAUAUUUUAAACGAGGAAUUGAAACAGAAAAUAAAAUAUGUAGAUGACCUGAGACGCGAAAAGUCCGCAUUGCUUCAACGAUUAAGCAAAAUGGCAGGCGAGAAACUGACUAGAGAUAACCCCGAUAUCGCGGACCUAAGCGACCGAAACAGGCCGACCAAACUGGGCGAGAUGUUCAACGAGCUUUAUGACAACGAGUGGACGGACGCAUUCGAGGAACUUGUUGCAUCCGGUUACGACGAAAGGGAAGCAGUCGAUACCCUUCAGAUGACACUUAUGAAAGUUUUUCAAUUCUGUGAAAAGAAGGCUUCACUGUUAGUGAAACAAACUGAAACUGCUGCUGAUCUUCUAUUCGAUGAAUUUUCAAGAAGUGCUUUACAAGAAACCACAAAAAACAUGCCAGCGGGAAAGAAAGCACUCACCAUGGACCCUAAACAGUUGGCAGAGAUGAGAGGGGGCCUACAAAGAGAGGGGUCAUCUAUGGAAGACUUACAAAUGCAAAGGAAAUGGAAACCAAAAAUCAAGCCAGAUGGAAAACAAACCUACAUUCAAACAAAGAUUCAACCGAGAACAAUAAAUGUUGAAGACAAACUGAAGCAGAUGCGAAAAGGGCUCGCUGAGUCCCUUGUGCCAUCAGUACAAAAGGCAUACAUAAAAACAUAUUGGGACAACGAGUGUCUUCGAGCCAUUAAACCCUUCAUUAAGCGCUGCAUCUUUAUAGCCUGGAUGAUGGUGGUUCAGACGCCACCGAUGUGUUUUGACAGGGAGCUCCAAGAAGGGGCGACUUUCGACGCGGCUCGCUACAGACAGUACACGUCUUCUGGGCAUAUUGUCCACUUCCUAGUGUGGCCGGCGCUCCUCUUGUAUCGUGAUGGACCGGUCGUCUGCAAAGGCGUUGCACAGGGAAAGAAGAAAUAGUGGUGGCUUUAACGUUGCACAUUUAUAGUUUGUCAAAUUGAAUUGUCAAACUUGCAAAAAAAAACAUUUGUGCGCAACACUAAGAACUACAUUUUCGACCAAUGACCUGUAUUAAGCACUUCGUUUCGCGUUAUAAAAGUGUUACUAUAGUCGGUUAUGUUUUUGUCUUUGACUGUUUCUGACUUUCAAAUGACGUUAUUAGCAUGGUAAUUUUGGUGUUUUAUUAACAUCGAAACAAACGUCAAAAUAAAACAGCAGUAUUCCUACUUAAAUCGAUACCUUUGUAAUCAAUUUAUCAUUGUUAUAUAUCACAUAUCAUCGGAACAUAUCUCUUUCAUUAUUUUUAUAAUUAAAAAGGGAUAUACAGAGACAAGGAUUGCUUUUCAAUAUUGGUCUUAAUUGGAUCUAAGAACGAUGUUGCUUAUCGGAUUACUUGUUAUUAAUAACUGAUCGAAAGAGUGGAUAAAUUGUAUGAUGUAUGACCCUAAGAUUAACUGAUAUUGCAAAUUGUAAUGACCCUAUCAUUAAAAAGGUUACUCACCUGGACAUUUACCUGCCUCCUUUUUGUUGAACUAAUAUACAGUACUAAGAUAUAUUUAAAGACUAUGAUAUGUUUCAUAAAUUGAUCAUUUAACGUUACACUUACCUUAGGUCAUGUCUGUUUAGAUUUCAUCCAUUCAUUUUAUUUCUGUUGCAAUGUACAAGAGGGGUUCUCCACCAACCUUGCAUAUACUUUGAACUGAUAAAAUAACUGUUUCAUCAUCUUCUUAACUAGAUAAACAUUAUUUAUUAAUAGUUGUCCUAACAUAAUCAUUUAUAUUUUGAGACACUUCGCUACUGUCUUUUUUAUAUUGUAAACAAACUGCCAUGGCUGCCGGACCGACCGGUGAGCACUGAGAGUCCUUCUGUUCUGUCAGGGCGGUCCUCCGGUGAUUGGUCAGCGUUUUACCGGUCCUCCGAUGAUUGGUCGAACGUUUCACCGGUCCGGCCGCCAUUGUUCAGUUUGGAUCACGUGGGCAUCUCCUGUUCUCUAUAUAAACAGCGUUUCUUUCGGGAUCGAAAGUCUUUAGCUCAGCUUGAUUUCUGAUAUCGGAUUGCUCGUUUGGGUAAGAUUACACCAGUAUGUUUGAGCUUGACUCUUGACGUCAGAUAGCUCGGUUGGGUUUGAGAACACCCGUAAAUCAGAUUGGUCUAGUAGAUUGACCUUACGAAAAUAACAAGUUGUUUUAACGAUAUAAAGUUGAGUGUUACCAAAUAUAGAAAACGUGAGAGCCCAUGCAUUUUAAACUGUUAUCUGAUGACUAUACAUGUGUUUGAUGGUCAUGAUUCGAAGAUAUAAGAAUACUAUAAACCGUUAAACGUUCAA